AUGCAAAUCUUUGUAAAAACAUUAACCGGAAAAACAAUCACUCUUGAUGUUGAACCAUCCGAUACUAUUGAAAAUGUUAAAGCAAAAAUUCAAGAUAAAGAAGGAAUUCCCCCUGACCAACAAAGACUAAUUUUUGCUGGAAAACAAUUAGAAGAUGGCAGAACUUUAUCUGAUUAUAAUAUUCAAAAAGAAUCAACCUUACAUUUGGUUUUAAGACUUAGAGGAGGAGCUAUUGAACCAUCAUUAGCUCAAUUAGCACAAAAAUAUAACUGCCAAAAAUUAAUAUGCAGAAAAUGCUAUGCUCGUUUACACCCAAGAGCUACAAAUUGUCGAAAUAAAAAAUGUGGAAGAACAAAUCAAUUAAGACCAAAAAAAAAACUCAAAUGA